UAUGAUUUUCAUGGAGUUUCAGUCUUAGCCUUCCUCCUCCAUUCAUUUCUUCUAUCAGUUUUAAUGCAAACGACAAACUACAUCAACUUGUUCUACUCUUCAAACGUUUUUUUCUGGAGUUAGUUUUUAAGAGCACAUGGUGCCAGUGAAGAUCCAGAUGAAUAAAAAAAAUUCUAUGCAUGUUUAAUGUGUACGGUGUUACUGUGUUACCAGUGUUUGUAUAUUAUGAAAUAAUGAAGGAAUUUUCGAGGAAGAAUUAAUUACUGCAUACCUAACCUAGAAGUUCCCAUAGGGUAUUUUUUUGGUGAACUUUUCCGCUGUCUAUAUAUAUAUAUGUAGCACUAAAAAAUUAGAUGGAGAGUAGAAAUUCCCUAGCUUUCAUUUUCGGCAAAUCUUCUUCAUCUUGAAAACAUUUCUUUGAACUUCUUCUCUUUGCCAAAUUUAGACAAGUUAAAUAAGCAGUAUGGCCAUCAAAGAGGAAGAUGGUAACGACGGUUUGAAUGAAAAUAUAAGAGAGCCACUUAUGCAGCGAGAGAAGAACCUAGCUGAUGAGGGAGGUGUAUCCGAAGGUGAAACAAGCAGCAAAGGAAAAUUUGGUAUGGUUUACCUCAGCACAUUCAUUGCGGUGUGUGGCUCUUAUGCAUUUGGAUCUUGUGCAGGCUAUUCAUCUCCUACUCAGGAUGCUAUCAGGGAAGAUCUUUCUCUAUCUCUAUCUGAGUAUUCGGUGUUUGGUUCCAUUCUUACAUUUGGUGCCAUGAUCGGCGCAAUCACAAGUGGCCCUAUUGCUGACUUUAUAGGUCGAAAAGGGGCAAUGAGAGUUUCAAGUUGUUUUUGUGUUGCAGGGUGGCUUGCUAUUUAUUUCGCGGAGGGGGCAAUAUCUUUGGAUAUAGGAAGACUGGCUACAGGAUAUGGAAUGGGAGUCUUCUCUUAUGUGGUGCCAGUUUUUAUAGCUGAAAUUGCACCCAGGAAUCUUCGGGGAGCACUAACAGCCGUCAAUCAGCUUAUGAUCUGUACUGGAGUGUCUGUUGCCUUCAUAAUUGGGACAUUUAUAACGUGGAGGGCUUUAGCUCUAACAGGACUAAUCCCAUGUGCUAUUUUGCUUUUGGGUCUCUUCUUCAUUCCAGAGUCUCCUAGGUGGCUGGCAAAGAGAGGAAAGGGCAAAGAGUUUGAAGCUGCACUACGGAAACUCCGUGGCAAGGAUGCUGAUAUCUCUCACGAGGCAUCUGAAAUCCAGGACUACAUAGAAACUCUUGAACGCCUCCCAAAGGCCAGAGUGCUGGAUUUAUUUCAAAGAAGAUACUUGCGCUCAGUCACUAUUGGAGUCGGAUUGAUGUUCUUUCAACAAUUUGGGGGAAUCAACGGAAUCUGCUUUUACACCAGCUAUAUAUUCGAGUCAGCAGGAUUUUCUUCCAGCAUUGGAACCAUAACUUAUGCUGUUCUUCAGGUUAUUGUUACAGCCCUGAAUGCAGCUAUAAUCGACAGAGCCGGAAGAAAACCCUUAUUAUUGAUUUCUGCAACAGGACUAGUUACGGGCUGUUUACUCACUGGGGUUUCAUUCUAUCUAAAGGUUCACGAAUGGGCUCUUUCGUUGGUUCCUGCUCUUGCUGUGACCGGAAUUUUGGUCUACAUAUGUUCUUUUUCAGCUGGAAUGGGUGCGGUUCCUUGGGUCGUAAUGUCUGAGAUUUUUCCAAUAAAUAUUAAAGGAGUUGCUGGAAGCCUAGCAACAUUAAUGAACUGGUUUGGUGCAUGGGCAGUGUCCUACACUUUUAAUUACCUCAUGAGUUGGAGCUCUUAUGGUACUUUUAUUCUUUAUGCUGCAAUCAACGCUUUUGGUAUAUUGUUCGUGGCGACAGUCGUACCUGAAACAAAAGGGAGAAGCUUGGAGCAAAUUCAAGCAGCCAUUAAUGCAUAGAGAAGCAGAAACAGAAUGAACUCUCUUGUCUCUAGGAAAUUUUCCUUUGAACUUUUGCCUGCACCAUCAUAAAUAGUGAGAGAUGGAAAAUGUUCAGAAGAAGAAUAACCUUCCAUGCUGUCCUGCUCAAACAAUUCAGUGGGAUGUAUUCUGAAAUCCAUGUCAUUUGCAGAAAAAAACUUUUGCUAAUUAAGGAGAAUGAAAAUUUAUUAUCUUUGAACUAGAA